UGCCAGCCGCUGUUUCUGUGCUGUCAGUGGUGCAGGGGUCCCUGGUGUGGCUCAGGAGCUGGGGGGAAGUCGUUGCUAGUGUACAGAGCAGGGGUAUCAAGGUGACAGCUGAAGGUAACACUAGCUCUGUAACCCAGACGCCACAGCUACGGGGAGCAGCCACAAACCAUAGCCUCCUUUUCUGAGCCCCGGUAAACCAGGACCCCCUGCAACAAAUUCCUGGACCAUGCCCCUGGCACGUAGUCUGUCAGUGACCUCGCUCACUGGCUUAGAAGACUGGGAUGAUGAGAUUGACCUCGACAACACCAUCUUAUUUGAGGUGGCCUGGGAAGUGGCUAACAAAGUUGGGGGAAUUUAUACAGUUAUCCAGACAAAAGCAAAGAUCACCACAGAUGAAUGGGGAGAAAACUACUUCCUGAUUGGUCCCUACUUUGAGCACAAUGUUCGGACUCAGGUUGAACUUAUUGAGCCUCCAAAUCCAGCCAUCAAGCGUACUUUGGACUCCAUGAACUCUAAGGGCUGCAAGUUGUAUUUUGGACGCUGGCUGAUUGAGGGGAGUCCAUAUGUGAUCCUGAUCGACAUUGCAGCAACAGCCUGGAACCUUGACCGCUGGAAAACAGAAUUGUGGGAUAGUUGUGCCAUUGGCAUUCCUUGGUAUGAUCGCGAGGCCAAUGAUGCUGUCCUAUUUGGCUUUCUUACAGCCUGGUUUCUAGGUGAGUUUGCUGCCCAAAGUGGUGAAGACAGGCCUUUUAUUCUUGCACACUUUCAUGAAUGGCUUGCUGGCGUUGGCUUGUGUAUGUGUCGGAUUCGUAAACUCCCAGUGGCUACUAUAUUCACAACACAUGCCACGCUCUUGGGUCGGUACCUGUGCGCAGGAAGCGUGGACUUUUAUAACAACCUACAAACGUUUAACGUAGAUAAGGAAGCUGGAGACCGCCAGAUCUAUCAUCGCUACUGUAUGGAGCGAGCUGCUGUCCAGUGCACUCAUGUCUUUACUACAGUGUCUCAGAUUACUGCCAUAGAAGCCGAGCAUCUGUUAAAGCGCAAACCAGAUGUUGUAACUCCCAACGGUUUAAAUAUAAAAAAGUUUUCUGCAAUGCAUGAGUUCCAGAACUUGCAUGCGCAGAGUAAAAACCGUAUACAAGAGUUUAUCAGAGGACAUUUUUAUGGACAUCUAGACUUUAAUUUGGAUAAGACUCUGUUUUUCUUCAUUGCUGGACGCUAUGAAUUUUCAAAUAAAGGAGCUGACAUAUUCCUGGAAGCCUUGGCUAGACUCAACUAUCUUUUAAGGGUUAACCAGAGCGACAUUACAGUAGUCACCUUUUUCAUCAUGCCUGCAAGGACCAAUAACUUCAAUGUGGAAACUCUGAAAGGUCAAGCAGUGCGGAAACAGCUCUGGGAUACAGCUAAUUCAGUAAAGGAAAAGUUUGGGAAGAAACUGUAUGAGUCAUUGCUAGUGGGGAAUUUACCAGAUAUGAAUAAGAUGCUGGAUAAAGAGGAUUUCACAAUGAUGAAGAGAGCUAUUUUUGCUACUCAGCGACAAACAUUUCCUCCUGUCUGUACCCACAAUAUGCUUGAUGACUCCACAGAUGCAAUCCUGAACACCAUUCGGAGAAUUGGUCUGUUUAACAGCAGUGCUGAUCGUGUGAAGGUGAUUUUCCACCCUGAGUUUCUUUCCUCUACAAGCCCUUUAUUGCCAGUUGAUUAUGAGGAGUUUGUACGUGGAUGCCACUUGGGAGUCUUCCCUUCUUACUACGAACCUUGGGGGUACACACCUGCUGAAUGUACUGUCAUGGGAAUACCCAGCAUUUCUACAAACCUUUCUGGAUUUGGAUGCUUUAUGGAGGAGCACAUUGCUGACCCCUCUGCUUACGGCAUUUACAUCUUGGAUCGGCGUUUCCGUUCAGUGGAUGAGUCUUGUACACAGUUGACCUCCUUCCUUUACAGUUUCUGUCAGCAAACUCGACGGCAGCGUAUCAUCCAGAGAAACCGCACAGAACGCCUCUCUGAUUUGCUAGACUGGAAGUACCUGGGGAGGUAUUAUAUGUAUUCUCGACACAUGGCUCUAGCUAAGGCAUUUCCUGACAACUUUACGUACGAGCCACAUGAACCUACUGCAGCUCAAGGAUUCAGAUACCCACGUCCAGCCUCUGUGCCACCAUCUCCUUCUCUUUCACGACACUCCAGUCCUCAUCACAGUGAAACGGAAGAUGAUGAGAGAUAUGACGAGGAGUUGGAAGCAGAGAAAGAUCGUCAGAAUAUUAAGCAACCAGUCAUGGCAACCGUGGAUCCUGUACCUGACUGGCGCAAACGAUCCAAGAAAGGUUCUGUGGAUGUCACCAACUCUAGUAAUGCCAGCAAUGCCAGUACUCCCACAAACCCAAGCAGCCCAAGUGACAUCAGCAGUCCCACCAGCUCACUCAUUGAAGAGAGGAACUAAUUAUUAUUGAUCUUAAAUUCAAAAUUGUGUUUGCUGGAUACAAACAAGGGAUAAACUGCAUUGUUCUGUAUUUAAUUGCUCCUUACCUAGAUUUGUAGAUCUGUCUAUUAGUGAUCUUGAUACCAGCAUUCCACUCCAGCUGGUUCUUUAAUCUAUCUUCUCUAUCCUCGGAUAUCGAGAAAGGGAAUUUGAAGCUUGCUCUGCUUUUAUUCAGCACUACAAUACAGUUAAUUGUCCCAGUCUGUUUGUUUUUCUCUUGAUAUUACCGUAGAAGUGCAAAUUUGCUUAAAUCAGUUCAAAAGGGAAAAAAGUUGAAAGUACUUUAGGGUGCAAUAUGCAAAACUAGAACAGUUCUGUGCUUCAUCCUAUGCUGAACCCAACUCAGGCCUACUUUUCUGCUAUCCAUUUACUUAUUCUUUUUCCCCCAAUACGGCAGGUAAUUGUAUGAUUAUUAGUUUGUAUUUUGCACCAUUUUUAGCAAUUCUAUGUCAACAUAUGCAGAAAUUCUGGACUGCUCCAGCCUUAUUGUGCCCGAUCCGAAAGAAGCUAGUUAUUGCCAGACAGCCUUUUCCAGUGUAUUCUGUCUUGCUGUAUUUCAUCUGUACUGUGAACGUUUCUGUGUUAUGGCAGAGAGUCUUCCAUCAUGAUAAACUGUUACAAUAUAGCUGCUAGAGAAUUAAACCUUGUAUUGGCAGUCAUUAGGCACUGCAUAGUUUGUCCAGCUGGCUAUGAAGUGGCCAACAGACCAAUUUACAAAGUUUAUUUCAGAGUAUUACUUCUAGACGGAUUUCAUUUCACUUGGUUUAGACCACUUUAGUUUGUAACAGUGAGCAUAACCAAUUUGUAGUCUGCCAGUAUGUUGUGAGGCUAUUUAAGGAAACCGGAAGUGUGAUGUGUCUUUUCAGAGAAAAAAGAAAUUGUAUUUAAAAAUUAAAAUUUUAAAAUCUGA